AUGUCCGAGGCUUCCACAUCGGCCGCAGGCGGGCAGAUGGCCGCCGCCGGUGGUCCCCUGCGGCAGGACAUGGUGGCCAGCGCCGUCAGCUUCCUCUCCGACCCCAAGGUCCAGUCGGCCAGCAUGUCGCAGCGCGUCAGCUUCCUCGAGAGCAAGGGCCUUCGUCCCGCGGAGAUCGACGAGGCGCUCAGGCAGGCUGGCCAGGGCGGUCCCGGCGCAGCGAUGGCUCCUGGCGGCGGAUCCUAUGCCCAGUACGGCGCUCCUGCCCCCUACCACGCGCCCCCCUACGGUCAAAUGUAUGCCCAGCCACCACCCAACCAGCAGGGCCGCGACUGGAGGGACUGGUUCAUCAUGGCCGUCGUCUCUGGCACGAUCGGCUACGGCGUCAUCUCGCUGGCCAAGAAAUACCUGAUGCCGCAUCUUCAGCCGCCGAACGCCAACGUGCUCGAGUCGGACCUCGACGCGCUCACUGCCAAGUACGACGAGGUGGCUGCGCAGCUGCAGGCGCUCGACGCCCAGACGCUCGCGGUCAAGCAGGGACUCGACGAGCAGAAGGCCGAGGUGGAAAAGGGGAUCAAGGAGGUCGAGGACUGCGUCAAGGCGGUGCGGGACAAUGAGAAGCGGAGGGACGACGAGAUGGACCAGAUCAAGCGCGACGUCGACAACAUCAAGCGCGAGCUGGGCACCAUGUUUGAGCAGACCAAGCAGGCGCAGACCAACUCGCUCUCGGAGCUGCAGACGGAGCUCAAGUCGCUCAAGUCGCUCUUGGUCUCGCGCGGCUCGAUGGGCGCAGGCGGCGCGGCCGGUGGAGCGCCACCCGCGCCGGCGUACGGCACCGGACGCAUGUACAGCUCCGGCUACGGCCCUGGGUACGGCUCCCCGUCGCUCGGCACGCCGGGAGAGGUGACGCCGCCGCAGCUUCCCAAGCCCUCGAUUCCGGCGUGGCAGCUGGCGGGCGCUGGUUCCGGCUCACCCUCGACCCCCUCGACCACGGCGACGACGACGACGACGACGACGCCUCCCGCCAAGCCCGCUGAAGCCGAUGCAUCGACGUCGACAUCGACGGGCACCUCUGUGACGGCAACGACGGCUAGCGAGCAGUCGGCCGCGGACGACGCCGGCUCCAACGACAAGACGACCGAGGGAUCCGAUAAUUAG